ACACAUCAGUACAGUGACAUACGGAUGCCCGUGUGGCCACGCUAAUUAUUGUCAGUGAUAAGGAUGGACUCGCAGAGAAAUGCAUCGUCCUGCCCUUCUACAUCUUGAAUAGUGGGAGUCAUGAACCGCUGCAAGGUGACGCGUCCUCUGAUUCCAACCGAAACUUCACCCUAGACACGCCGUGUGUUUGUCACCCCGUGGACCGCUUGUCAAACUGCACCACCUCCUUGUGCGUGUGUGUGUCUGUUUAUUUUUUUCUUUUUUUUUUUCUUUUUUCUUUAUUUUUUCUUUCCCCCCCUGAACCAAACAUCGGGACCUUAUCUCGGACCGUGUGGCGCAGUGAGCAGGACGCGGAACAGGAGCGAGGCGGAGCGGCGGUGGAGCAGCGGCGGCUACGGCCACUACUCCGGGGAAUGUCGACUGCUGGCCGUCAGUCCUGACAUCGGCCUCUUCUGAUCUCAGACCAGCCGAAUGGGAUCCAUGUGUGGUCAGUGAAGUGUCUUGCAUAGCUGCAUGGCAGUAUGUCAGCUGAGCAUCCGGGUGAGAUGAGCGCUGCCUGUAAGCAAUGUGAGCUCCACUGACAAACGGGCCCAGCUAUUCUCCAUACCAGACCUCCACUUCAAUCACCAGCCAGUCAAAUGCACACGGACAAUAAACUGGCCAAUCAUGGCAAGCAGGUCACCGGUGACAGCCGAUCCCAGAUCCCCAGCGUAAACCAGCAGGCCCAGCAGCAGCAGCCGCCGCCGGGAGCCACCGGGGGCCACCUGGGGCCGAAGGGAGUCGGCGCAGGUAGUCAUGGGGUCAAGAGCAACCAGAUUUCCCCCGGCAACCAUGGGCUGAAGUCUGUCAGCCAGUCGGUGAGCGGCGUCGGAGGGAUGCUGAAAACCAAAUCUAAACGGGAGCGGAGCGUCUCCAUUGAGUCUGGUGACGCAAGAAAUGCCAUUCCUGCAUCGCUGGAGACAGAUGCCAAAGGAGAGGGCGUUAUGCGCAGUAAGCGACGCUGCGUCCUGGAGAAGAAGCAGCCGUAUAGUGGUGAUGAAUGGUGUUCUGGACCUGACACUGAGGAAGAUGAAGACAAGCCACACACUGCGACGCACCGGGAUCGAGGGAUGGCGGGUCCAAUCCAUGGACUCUGUGAUCGUCUGCCUACAGGCCCCAUGCCUGAACCUGGAGGUCCAGUUUUGGGAUGUGGAGGGGGACCGGGGCUAAAAGCAGAGCCGGUUCAGCCUUCACAGCAAAUGGUUUAUGUUUUCACAACCAGCCUAGCAAACAGUGCUGCAGAAGCGGUAAUGAAAGGACAGGCCGACUCCAUCCUCCUGUUUCACCAGCAAAACGUUCCUCACACCAAGUUGGAACAGGGCCACUCAUCAGGGAAGCUCUUAAACCUACCCGAGAAGGUGAGAUCCAGCAGCUCUCCACCCACUGGAACCCCAAAAUCCCAAAGUGGAACUCCACGACCAGCCUCUGCCGGAGUUGGAGGCCCGUUGCAUCCUGCAGGGACGCCGUCGUCAUCGGGACACUCUGAUACUGAAUCGUCUCAGACCAGACCCGGUGGAACCUCCAGCAAUAACAGCAUCAUUGCCCAUAGGUCAGAGGGAGGCAGCACAGCCCUGCCUGCAGGCCUGGUACCAGGAGGUGGAGAUGGGGAGGGAGUGGGGGGCAUGCCGCUUCCUGCCUCUACCAUCUCGCCCUCUGAAAGUCCCUCUGUCCAGUCUGCACACCUUCAAAGCGAUCCAGGCCAUAGGAUUGGACCGGGGAACAGAGAUGGUCUUUCCAAAGAGCAGCUGGAACACAGGGAACGUUCUCUGCAGACGCUCAGAGACAUAGAGAGGCUUCUUCUACGCAGUGGCUCGGGUGGAGUACCUGGAGACCCCGGAGGAUCCAACAGUAAUCCUCCAAACAACUCCUCCAACAUAAACAAUACUGAACGGAGCGGUAUUCUUGACGACAAUGACAAUGGUACAAACACUUCUGGAAAUUGCAGUAGUGGUAAUAUGCUAUCGACGUCUUUAGCUCAGCUGGCGAGCAUGAAGAAGUAUGAAGAACCCCUUCAGUCGAUCAUUUCUCAAACACAAUCACUUAGUGGACCUACAAUCGACAGCCCACAAAUGGAUUCUCACCAUAACUUACCCCAACACUCGCAUCACCAGCUGUCUUCACCUGGAGUGGACAUGGGCCCCCUACUGGGACCAGAGGGACUGACCCCAGAGCAGAUAGCCUGGAGGAAACUUCAAGAGGAAUACUAUCAAGAGAAGAGGAGACAGCAGGAAAUGCAACCGCACACACAUCCCCAGCACUUCAGAAUGAUGUCUGAGAUGGGGAUGCAUGGAGGUCCCGUGAUGAUGAGAGGGCCCCCUCCUCCCUACCAUAGCAAACCUGGAGACCAGCAGUGGGGUCCCGGGAAUAUGAUGGGAGGGGGAAUGAGUGGAAAUGCACGUGUGUUAGACAUGCAUCAGGAGGGUCCCCGUGGCCCAAGGUUUCUGGGACAAAUACCAAGAGGGCCACAUGGGGGAGGUGGGUUUCCUGGUAGUCCUGGGGGAGUUUUCCCAAUGGAGGGUCUAGGGCCACAAAGGCCCACUAGGCCAGGGAUGAUUUGGCUGGAUGAUAUGCCCAACAACAUGGGUGGUGGAGGUCCCUUCCAUGGUUGCUAUCCCAGUGGACCCCCUCAGCACCUGCAGGGCGAUCCAGAACAUCUACUAACCCGUGAGGAAAUGUUCCGCCUCAUGGAGAAACGGCAGAUGCAAGGGCUUCCCAGGUUUGAACUUGACCGACUGGCUAAACAGCAGCAACAGGGCACCCUGGGCUCAAGAAUUAUGGACAAUCCUGGGGGUCCGGACUUUCCCAAUUUGGGUAUGGGGAGGGGUCCACCUCCAAAUCGAGGUGACCCUAUGGACUUUCCUGGCUCAAGAGAAAUUAUGGGAUCUCCUGGAGGAGGUCCACAGAUGAGAGACUUGGUGGAUUCUCCACUAGGGGGUAACGUCGUAAUGAACAUGAACCAGCCCAUGAAUGUCCAACAACAACAGAUGGCGCUGUCACAGAAGCUCCGUGGAGGGCCUGCUGGAGGUGGACCUUUAGGUGACAUGUUUAGCCCUGGAGAGAUAUCACGAAUCAGGGCUUCACAGAAUGGAAGAGGGGGAAAUAAGGGAAUCAUGCCAGGACCCGACGGCCCAUUCCAGUUUCCAAAUCAAGGUCCCUUCUCUGGAGGCCAGGUUGAAGGACCCUAUCUUCAGCAACCUGGUCCAGAGAUGUUUGGGCCUGAACAGCAGGGCCCUAAUCAAAUGGGAGGUACUUUGCGGCUCAGCCAUAUGCCGAUGGGUGGAGGACUCAGGAGAGCAGACCUCGGAUCUCGACACCCCUCUGACCAGUCACUCAAUGUUAACCCCCUGACUUCUCCUUCACUGCCUCCACCUCAUCAGCUCAAGUCUCCAUCCCUCGACCAAGAGCCAUCUCCUCUUUUGCCUUCCCCCUCUGCUCCUGGACUGAAGUCUCCCUCACAGAUUUCCUCUGCAGGCCAUCACCCCCCUCUUCCGCCUGCAUCAGGUGCUGGAACUCCUUCCUCCUCUUCCAUUAAGUCUCCCCAGGUAAUGGGGUCUUCCAACCUUGGGUUGCACUCUCCCUCUGCCUCUCCCGGGCAACUCAAGUCUCCAGCCAUGGCUGUAGGCUCCCCUGGGUGGACGUCACCUAAGGCAGCUCUUCCAAGUCCAGGUGGUCCAACCAGUGGGAAAGUAGUGGGCAAUGGUGGAAACGGUGCAGCUGAGACAGGUCAGGCACUUCCCCCGAGAAGUUCCAACUCUACACCGAUCAGCCAGCCAGGCUCCAUAAAUCCCAGCAUGCCAUUCACCUCUUCUCCUGAUGCACCUCCAUCACAGAAUCCUCUGUCUCUGAUAAUGUCUCAGAUGUCCAAGUACGCCAUGCCCAGCUCCACUCCCCUCUACCACGAUGCAAUCAAAACUAUUGCCACGUCUGAUGAUGAAAUGCUGCCAGAUCGACCUCUUCUGUCUGGUGUCAGCAUCGGAGGGAACAUGGGGAACCCUGCGUCCUCCCAGAUGCUUGUGUCCCAGAGCUCCAUCGGCCCCCACAGCGAUCCUCAAAGCCCCAUGGGAAUCCCAAGCCAAGGCCAGCAGCAGCUGUCCCACGACGCCUCAGGACCAGUGCUUUCUUCCCCAAAUCAAAUGGUCCUGCCUUCCAUUAACUCUGCCAUGAUGGGUGGAGGAGCCCCUGACGGGAUAGGGCCCUGCACCGUUUCCCCCAUCUCUCAAAUCCAGAUUGCGGGUUUCCCUCGCAUGCAGCUACCGCCUCACGGCCCCAUGCACUCGCCUGGUGGAGGAAUGUCGCAGAAUUUCUCCCAGCCCAAUGACAACAUUCUGCCGCCGCAGCAGUUGCACCUGAUGAGUAAAGGUCAUCCUCACCAGCGGUCGUCUCACCCGUCGGACUCCUUCGCCUCGUUGCCGAUGGGCGACGGUCCAGAUCUGAGUGAAGUCAUUCGACCCACUCACACCGGGAUCCCCGAGUUCGAUCUUUCCAGAAUCAUUCCUUGCGACAAGCCCAGUAGCAUCCUUCAGUAUUUCCCCAAGAGCGAACCCCAUCAGAACCCACAUCAGGGGCCCCCAUCCCAGCAGCCUUCGUCACAGCAGCUCCUCAAACAGCUGUCGUCGUCUGGUCCCCCUCACAGCGGGGGUCCCUCGUCGAACCCCCACUUGGCAAACCUCCAGAACAUGAUGGCCGAGCAGCAGCUGCCGCCCCACCCCUCGCACGGUGGAAUACGCCAAAGCAUGGGCAUGUCUCAGGGGGGCUCCAGGGGCAUGGUUUCCGGUGGGGGAAUGGGCCCCAUGUGCCCCCCUGGACACAUGAUGGGAAGGACAGGCAUGGUGCCCCAGCAGCAACUCCAGCAACAGCAAGCCAUGAUGGCCAACAGCCUCCUGCACCACCCGUCCAACCCCUACCCCCCAGGCAUGAUGUCCUCCCAGCAGCACCCCCACAACCUGAUGGCACAGCAGAACAUUAUGAUGAUGCAGGCGAAGCAGCGAAGCAUGCCUAUUCCAGGGGAUCCCUUCGGCCCCCAGGCUUCUCUAAUGUCCCCUCAGGGUCCCAUGAUGGCCCCGCCCCACCCCCAGUCUGGAAUGAUGGGCCCUCAGUCACUCAGACAGCGGGGAAUGUCUUUGGACAGUCCGAUUGGCUACGGACCUGGAGGUAUGGCCAAUAUGCCGUUCUAAUCAGUACAACUCAUGGCAUUCCCAUCGGUUUCCACCAGGUUGUCAUUGUGUCCAAUUUUUCAUUAAUGUUAUUCUUGCUGUUGUUUUGCAAAAUGAAAUGUAAAAAAAAAAAAAAAAAACACAAAUCUCCAAGUUUUCAAUUACAACUGAUUUAAAAAUAAUAAAAAAAAGAAUAUUUAACACAGUUGUAACAUGGUUAAAUAAUAAUCUGAAGCCAUUUUCUAAAAAGAUGUAAAUUAUGUACAUUUCCCAAUGUGUGUAUUUGUUGUGGGAACAGAGCGGCGUCAGGAGAGGAGUGCCUCAAAUUUCUAUUUGUUUUAAUAUCAUUGAUUUAUUUUCUCCAACUACCAAACUGUUGUGCAAAUGAAUUAUACAUAAAUAUAAUAUAUACCUGCUGUAAAUAAGAUGCAAUUUGUGAUUGUUUGCAGUUGUUCUGUAUAACUGUGUUUUAAUAGAAGUAUAAAAAUAGAAUAACGCUGA